AACCUGUCAGCUUCACCCAAACGUCAAUGUAAUCAAAGAGAAAAAUCUGUCUUCUUUUCUGCAGAACCUGUAACCGUGUCAAAAUUUUGGCCUGACCUGAUGUGAUUGCAAACUUCCAACCAAGAGCAUUGACCAGUCAAUUGUCAUAAUUGACCAGUUCAAUGCUGCUUACUAUUCCACCUCAAUUGUCAGGUCAAGUCAAUCAAGACAAAUGCCAAGAGAUGCAUAAGUUUACCAUCAGAAGUAGGAAAUGAGAGCCAAACCAAAAUAACCAAUGGCGCAUCUCCUGUUGCCUUUCCUCCUGCUACUGUCCACUGCUUCUGUUCAAGCUCAACAAAACAUCACCUUGGGCUCCUCCUUAACACCCCAAGGGCCUAGCAGCUCUUGGCUCUCACCAUCCGGUGACUUCGCGUUCGGCUUCCGUCCCAUCGAGGGCAACACCUCCUCAUACCUGCUCGCCGUCUGGUUCAAUAAGAUCAGUGACAAGACAGUGGCUUGGUAUGCCAAGACGAGUGAUCCAGAACCAGCGCCUGUACAAGUUUCAUCUGGUUCAAGCCUCCGCCUCACCUCUGGUGGGGUGCUCUCGCUCCAGGACCCCACCGGCACAGAGGUAUGGAAUCCUCAAUCUGUGGUUGCAGCAUACGCCACCAUGCUCGAUGUCGGAAACUUUGUACUGGCUGCAGCAGAUGGCUCCACCAAGUGGGAGACUUUCAACAACCCAACAGAUACCAUCCUGCUCACACAAGUGCUCACCCCCCCAAAGAUGCUCCGCAGCCGGAUCAUCGCCACAGACUAUUCCAGUGGCCGGUUCCUCCUUAACCUGCAAAACAAUGGUGUUUUCCUUUAUCCUGUUGCUGUGCCGUCUGGUUACCAAUAUGACUCCUAUUGGUCCGUGGCUGGGAACACCACAAAGCUGGUGUUUGAUGCCACUGGCAGGAUAUACAUUGCCUCGGACAACGGCACACAAAUCAAUAUGACAUCAGGGGUUAUCGGCUCCAUGACGGACUACUACCAUCGCGCCACACUUGACCCAGAUGGUGUGUUCCGGCAAUAUGUGUACCCAAAGAAAGUCAGCAACCAGUGGAGUCAGGCAUGGUCAGUAGUGAGCAUGGAGCCCCAAAAUAUCUGUGAAGCAUUAGUGACAAAGGUCGGCAGCGGUACAUGUGGGUUUAACAGUUACUGCACUUUGGAUGGCACAAACAACCAGACUACCUGCAUGUGCCCAGAGCAGUACUCAUUUAUUGAUGAGGAGAGGAAGUAUAAAGGAUGCAAACCAGACUUCCGGCCACAAAGUUGUGACUUGGAUGAAGCAGCUGCCAUGAUGCAGUUUCAGUUGACAACGAUGUACCAUGUGAAUUGGCCUCUAGCAGACUAUGAGCAGUACACCCCCAUACCUGAGAACCAGUGCCGGCAGCUCUGUCUGAAAGAUUGUUUCUGUGCCGUCGCUGUGUUCCAUGUCGGUAGUAGUACAUGCUAUAAGAAGAAGCUUCCUUUAUCAAACGGCAAUAUGGGAGGUGAUGUGCAAGCAACAGUUCUCAUCAAGGUACCGAAGAACAACAAUUCCCAAUCGCAGCUCAGUGAGUCCAGCAAAUGGAAGAAAGACAAGAAACACUGGAUCAUUGGAAGUUCAUUGAUUCUGGGAAGCUCUGUCUUGGUGAACCUUCUCUUGAUCUCUGUUCUCCUUUUCGGUACAUACUGUACAAUCACUAGAAGGAUAGUCCCGUCUUUGCAGUCCUCAAGCAAUCUAGGAUUGCCCCUGAAAGCCUUCACUUACGCUGAGCUCGAGAAGGCAACCAGCGGAUUCCAGGAGGUGCUUGGCUCUGGUGCCUCAGGUAUUGUGUACAAGGGCCAGCUACAAGAUGAGCUCGGGAUCUGCAUUGCUGUCAAGAAAAUUGACAAGCUCGAACAGGAAUCAGAAAAUGAGUUCACAGUUGAAGUCCAAGCUAUUGGACGGACGCACCACAAGAACUUGGUCAGGUUGCUCGGAUUCUGCAACGAAGGAAAAGAAAGACUAUUGGUGUAUGAAUUCAUGACAAAUGGAUCACUGAACAGAUUCAUAUUUGGUGAUGUCAGGCUUCAGUGGAACCUUCGAGUUCAGAUUGCUCUCGGGGUGGCUAGGGGGCUGCUAUACUUACAUGAGGAAUGCAGCACACAGAUCAUCCACUGUGAUAUAAAGCCCCAGAACAUACUUGUCGAUGACAACUUCACAGCAAAGAUCUCAGACUUCGGCUUAGCUAAACUGCUCCGAACCAACCAGACACAAACAAACACAGGUAUCCGGGGUACCCGAGGAUACGUUGCCCCCGAGUGGUUCAAGAGCACUGGCAUCACUGCCAAGGUGGAUGUUUACAGCUUUGGGGUCAUCCUGUUGGAGCUCAUCUGUUGUCGGCGGAAUGUUGAAGUCGAGGCUGCAGAAGAGGAUAAAAAAAUACUGACUUACUGGGCAAAUGACUGUUAUAGGUGUGGCAGGGUUGAUUUGCUGGUGGAAGGUGAUGAUGAAGCGAUUUUCAAUCUGAAGAAGGUGGAAAAGUUUGUGGCAGUGGCAUUGUGGUGUCUCCAGGAGGAUCCAACCAUGAGACCUACAAUGCUAAAGGUGACACAAAUGCUUGAUGGGGCAUGUUCCAUCCCUACUCCUCCUGAUUCUUCUUCCUUCGUACGUUCGCUUCCAUAGAGUCCUUCCUGCAUAUUGUAAGAUCAAUAUAUGUAUGAACCAACAUAAUGGUGUAGUAAGUUAGAUAUAGAUAUCCACCGAAGGCAAACGCUAUAUACUACAUGUUACGGUUGCUGAUACUGCAGUAAUACCGUCCAUGUUCCUUAAUGUAGUGUUAACAGCACCUGCAAUGCUGUAGUAUCUAUUCUGUAACAAUUGGCUGGAGCAAAUAUUAUGAAGGCUUGCUCUUCCCAAGAAAAAUAUAUAUUUCCUAAAAUAAA